UCCUCGUUUCACCGGCUGUUUGUUAUCGCCGUGCCGACUCGGCUGUCCUGCCGCGUCUCGGGCUGAUAGGGCUGUUUGUGGUGUUCUGGUGUUGGUGAUCAACACGGAUAGCCGCCUGCAGCUCAGCCAAGGUGCAGCUGUGCGUCACGCCGAGGCCUCCGUGUCCCCGCCGGCGAUAAAUGAUGGAGCGUGUUAUUCCGGUUCAGGGGUUCUCCCUCAGCGUACGUUCAUCAUCACGAGAACAGAGGCAGGAGAACCCAAAUCAUGAAGAGGAAUCUAAACAACGUGAAGAGGAUGACGUCUCAUCCCAUUUAUCAGUACUACAUGACGGGGGCUCAGGACGGCAGUGUGAGGAUGUUCGAGUGGAACAGACCUCAGCAGCUGAUCUGCUUCAGACAAGCAGGAAACGCUCGGGUCACCCGGCUCUACUUCAACUCCCAGGGCAACAAGUGUGGAGUUGCUGACGGAGAAGGAUUCCUCAGCCUGUGGCAGGUCAACCAGACGACCUCCAGCCCCAAACCCUACCUGAGCUGGCAGUGCCACACGAAGACCUGCGGUGACUUUGCCUUCAUCACGUCCUCCAGCCUCAUCGGCACGGCCGGCCAGUCCAGUGAUAACCGCGUUCCCCUGCCAUGACAACGGGGCCACGGUGCUGCAGUACGCCUCCAAGCAGCAGCUGCUCCUCACCGGGGGCAGGAAGGGCUUCGUGU